AUGCGAAUCCCAGAGUCCCACAGGUUGGUCCACACCUACGUCAGGAAGCUGGGCCUGAAGCUGAACAAGUUCAUCCAAUAUGAUGGUAACACCUGGUUCCUCAUCAAUGGAAAACACUAUCGUACCAGGGAGGUCAAGGCCAACCCAGAGCUCCUAGGCUAUUCCAUGAACCCAAAAGAAAAGGGCAAGAACGCUAUGAAUCUCUUCUACCAGUCCAUUGAAAAGGUGACUCCUGCCUCACCCAUCCCAGGGAAAAAUCAGGGAACCGAAGAAUCCUGCCUCUGGCUCUAUAACUUUAAAGUUGCUCUCCCUUCCUCACCUCUGCAGCUCAAAAGAAAUAUGAAAAAUUUCGACUGCAGCCAUCUGUUGUCCUUUUGUGAUUCCUACUCCACCAAGGCUUACCUGCUGAAGGAAGGGAUGCUGAGCCAAGGAGCGGUGAAGACGAUCGGGGAUGUGCUGAAUGAGGAGUCCGGACACUCUAAGUCCCUCCUGGAGUCCCUGCAGGCUGACAUGAUCUUCGAGAGUGACAAGCACCCUGCUAAGCCCUUAACAGGAAUUGUCACAUUUAAUGCUAACAUCACCUGGAAAUUUCCUCCUUUUUCAGACCGGGAUCUCUGCUGCAACCCAGCAAGCCAACCUUGGGCGUACCACAUUCACCCUCUCUCUUCUCUUCACCCAUGCGGCUUUUCUGAGAUCACUGGUGGCUUUGACCAGCUCCCCAAAGCCCUCAAUAUGAGCUUGAAGCCUGGCACCAUCCAUCUAGGCUCCAGGAUGAAGACAGUAGUGAGAGAUGGGCCUGAGGUCCGGAUUUCCUACCAAGUGGGCAAACCCAACUCAACGCUACACACCCUCACCGCAGACUUUGUUAUCAUUUCGCGCCUCAUCACCUUUGAGCCACCACUCUCACUGGGCAAGAUGGAUGCGCUUCGCUCGGUGCAUCACACCAGCGCCACCAAAGUGGUUCUGGCCUGCCACGAGUCCUUCUGGGCGGAUGGCAUCCGGGGCGGGAUCUCCAUCACCGACCGGCCCUCACGCUACAUCUACUACCCCAGCCACAGCUUCCCCAGCGGCAAGGGUGUCCUGCUAGCCUCCUACACCGUGGACGAUGAUUCCCUCUUCUUUCUAUCCAUGAACCAGGACCAGGUAGUGGAUAUCGUCUUGGAGGACCUGGCGGCCGUGCACCAGAUGCCCAAGGAGGAGCUGCGGCGCAGGUGCCCCUCGUCUGUGCUCAAGCUGCCUCUGGAGCCCCUCAUCAUGGGCGCUUUCACUGAGUUCACACCCCAUCAACUUGCGGACUAUUCACAGCAGCUCUUCCAGCCAGAGGACCGCAUCUACUUUGCUGGCGAGCAUACCAGCCUGCCCCACGCCUGGAUAGACACUGCCAUUAAGUCUGGCCUCCGGGCAGCUAGGGACAUCCAGGCUGCUGUGGACGAGGAGGCCACAGGGGGACAGAAGACCUUCACCAACACCCAGGACCAUGUCUAACGCUGAGAGAAAUCCCUGAGGGAAUCUGGCAGGAAGCAAGCUGCAAAGUGGGAGCUGGAGGCAGAGACCCUGGGGAGAUAUCACCAUUUGUCCCCCUGGCCCACAAACAGGAACCCCAAAAUACCAAAGAACCCAGUUGGCAAGUCCACAGGAAACAUCGCCCCCUUUUGGCGUCUCUCUCCUGCCAGCAAAGAGAAGGAUCAGCAGAGUCAGGAGAGAUAUUUGGAGAGAGAAAGAAAAACUCAAGGAUGGAGUGUGCUAGAACCAGUCCUGAGCUUGCAUAAUAGUAACAAGCAAAAGAGAAACGUUUCAGCAACACCCUGUCAUCUACAACUAGAAGCCCCUAAAGAAACAGGCAAACCCAAACCACAGCAGUGUUAAACCACAGAUUGGCCACACAAACCCGCAGCACAGCAAACUUGAGCCAAGGCCUCCCAUCUCUGCCCACCCGCAGUCCAGAUGGAUGGGAGAGAUCAGAGUUCUUUUUUCUCUUUUUGAGCCUGCUCGAGAUCUCCUGGCCUGUGGACUUUUCCUCUCCACUCUGACCUCCGCAUCACCAACCAGAACUCACCCCCCUGCUUUUGCCUCCCCCUGGGAGGACACCAAGCCCAUUCUGCAUGCUUCCUCCCCACGCUGCUCCUCACUAACACCUGCUCGGUCCUUCCAGGCCCAAGUGAAAUUAUUUCCUCUCCCAAAUCCUUCCUUAAUGGACACACAACAAACUCCGAGGAUCUCUCCUGUGAGCCACAAGCCUUCCUACCUAGAAUCCCAAACAUCUGGACUAUGGAUCUUCUUGUGUUGUUAUAUAAUUACUACAUAGGUCAUUUCUGGGUACUUGGGUCCAAGUAGGCAAAAGGAAGAAGUAAAUAAACUGGGAAACCUGAGAACAUUCUUACCAGGAGGACGCUGGAGACCAGUAUGUGAUGAAAUACAGAGUGUUGUGUCCUGAGACUGUCAUUUCACAGGAGGAAGAGAUAGAGAAAAGAAGCACAUUUUCUUACUGCAUUUGGCCUAUUUUUAAGACCCCAGCCUACUUAACUCUGAUUUUCCAAGCACCCUAUAUUAGUAAGGAUGCGUUCCGUUUCAGGUGCUGGAAAUCAAGCCCAAACUGCCUUAAGGGAAAGGGAAUGUCUUGGCUCAAAUUUCUGAAAAGUCCAGAGCGACUGGGUUCUGGAAUCAACAAGUCAUCACCGAGGUUUUCUCUUUCUCCCUUCUUGACUAUGCUUUCCUAAAUUAGUUUCUGUACUAAGUUGAAUGAUGGCGCCAAAAGUUCACAUUCACCCAAAACCUGUGAAGGUGAAUGUAUUUGGGAAUAGGGUCUUUGCAAAUGGAAUCAAGCAAAGAUGAGGUCACACUGGAUUAGGGUGGACCCUAAUCCAAUAAGCGGUGUCCUGAUAAGAAGGAGAUUUGAAUACAAACAUGUACAGAGGAAGACAGCCAUGAACCAACGAUGGAGCCAGAUUGGAGUGAUCCAUCUACAAGCCAGGGAAUCCCAAGGGUUUCUAGAAACCUCCAAAAACUAUGAGGAGGCAUGGAAUAGACUCUCCCUCACGCUCCAGGAGGAAUCAACCCUGCUGACACUUUGAUUUUGAACUUCUAGCCUCCUGCAAGAAAAUAAAUGUUUGCUCUUUUAAGCCAUCUAAUUUUUGAGUGAUUUGUUAUAGGCCCUAGGAAACCAAUACAACUUCCUUUAUUCUUCUGUUAAGGAAUACAGUCAGGAUCAACUCCAAGAUUAUGUCAUCCUAGGUCGUCAUCCAGGGAGAAGAAAGGGCUGCUGUCUCCCAGGCCAUUCAUUUAUGUUUCAUCCUGUCCAUCCACCUGCUUGGCUGCCCACCCCUCAGCCUAGAAAGUAGAUCUUGUCUGACAAGGAGCCCCUUCCGGCUGCCAGGGAAGCAGAUAACGGAAAAAUCUCUUAAGAGGAGUAUGCUAGGCAGAUAAAUGCAACAGAUGUAUACCGAAAAUUGCAACUUCUCUGGGUUAGGCUAGGGAAUAUAGCUGAGCCAUUCCAGGGCUGGGUUAAACCAGCUCCCUUGGGGCUCCCCGUGCAAGACAGUUCACCACCAACAGCCCUGGUACACACAGUGACCCUCCUAGAAACUGGCUCCAUCAAGGGAGGGGUCAUUUUCCAAACUGUCUCUUGCACUGUUUAUCUUUGGUAACCCCAUUAAUGUCAUGACAAAGGCCAUGCCUUCUUGAGGCUCUCAGAAGAGAGGAGGAACCCUGGCCCAGUGGAGUCUAAGUAGAGAAAGGAGAAGAAGGCAGGACCGGGAGAGAACAAGGUCCCUUGGGAAGAGCUCAUCAAGAACCCCUGGGCUAAGAAGAGGACCCUGAAGGAAUAAGUCAGAGAGGAGCACAGGCAAGAACAGGGAAGCAAACAGCGCUCUGUCCAUUGGAUGUAAAAAUGAGGCCCCAGGGAAUUCCCAUUGUGGCACAGUGGAAACGAAGCUGACUAGGAUCCAUGAAGAUGCAGGUUUGAUCCCUGGCCUCGCUCAGUGGGUUAAGGAUCUGGCGUUGCCAUGAGCU